CAACCUUGACCUUCAUUCAUUGUAAACAUGGCAGAAAUUGCAGAUGACGAUAUAGAUUUUGUGGUGGAAUUUCCCUCCCCCACACCGAAUUUAGAUGAUGAUGGGGCUGAUGAAGCGAUGGCCUCGAUGCCUGAUGAUGGAACCCCAGUUUCAGCAGAAGCAAAUAUUGGCAAGCAACCUGUAAUAGUGCUGCUGGGAUGGAUGAAUUGUCAAGACAAACAUCUAGCAAAAUACAGUGAAAUUUAUGAGAAAAAAGGGUGUGUCACCAUCCGAUACAUUGUACCGAUAGAAGAUUUGUUCUACAAUCAAAGCACAAAACUAAAGAGAACUGCUACUAAACUUCUCGAUCUUCUCUACGACAUGGAAUUGGAGGAAAACCAACUCUUCUUUCACGUCUUCAGCAAUGGGGGUGGCUACGUCUACCGUAACAUCACAGAACAGCUUCACUCAAACACCAAGUACCGAGCCCUGAAGUUGAAAGGAUGCGUGUUCGAUAGCUGUCCAUCUCCAGGCAAUUCGUUUUAUGCAGCCAUGGCACUUGCGAGUUCUUACAAUGGAAGUAUCGUUGGUCGAUACAUCUAUGCAUUUCUGACUCUUAUCUAUCUACUUUUGUUUCGAGUUUGGGAACAGUUCAUUUGGACAUUCCGUAGUUUGAAAGGACAGCGCCAAUUUUCUGGUGUGAUAGGGUAUUAUAACGCUAUGCUGAGUGACCCAUCUCCAUGCCCCCAGCUUUACCUUUACUCCAAGGCAGAUCGCAUGAUCAAGUAUUCAGCUAUAGAGAGGGUGAUUAAACAUAGAAGUUCACGUGGAAUUGAGGUGACGUCUGUGUGCUGGGACGAUUCAGACCAUGUGUCACAUUUGAGAGCUCAUAGAGAAUCUUACAUGAAGAAAUGCUAUGAUUUUAUCGACUCCUGUACUCACAGGUGAAAAUGAUGCAUAAUUGACUGUUGCCAGGUUGUUAGAGUGUGCCAUACCAUCAGUUUACUCAAUACUUUUUUGGCUAUACUAGGAUAGUAGGGUACUUUAGUUUGUAACCUAGUGAAAGACCAUCAGUGGUGACCACCAUAAAAGCCAGAUUGGAAAUCGUAUUUUAGCUCCCAAUAAAGCCACCACUGCAUCGAAUUCUUGUACAUUUCUCAUUAAUGAAAUGGCCUCUAAAUGUGUUAAAUAAUAUACAAUAGCUUGUAUAUUUUCUUGCUAGCUGAUCUUACAAUUCAGCAAAGAUGCAAAACUACUAUGACCAGAAUACAUGGUUUACAGGCCUACAAACUAGCUGUACAAAUGUAUGUAAUAUAUGGCUCUCAUUACACGCUAAUGAUAAAAUAUUCUAAAACAACUGGGUUUAGAAUGAACUGCACAUUACAGUGUAAAUGUACUGUGCGUUAAGCCUCGUUUUGAAUUCGGCAGUUAUGAUUAGGCAACCAUAACCGCUUGGGUUGGUGCAAAAUGUGGAAGCAUUUAAACCACAUUAUUCGUUAUUUAAUUUGGGAUGUUUUAGAAUAGACAUUGAUACCUUACUGUCGGUAAUGAUAGUCUCACCAAAACCGCUCGGGUGGAGCUAAAAUAUUGGCCAAAACCGAUGUGUUGAGUUCCACCCUGGUGGUUUUGGUGAGACAACCAAUACCUCCAGUUCGGUUUCAAUUCCUCAAACCUUGGACAGUGAUGUUUUAUUCUGUACAUGGGAGCUUUUGCAUGGCUUCGUAAUAGGUCCUGCACCCUAGGUUGGCUUAGAUUUACACUGGGUUAGCUGGUGAUAUUUGAAUUACGCUGUUACUGUCAGCUGCAAGUGGUGAAGUCUGGCAUUUUCAAAUGCUAACUUUAUCUCACCUACCUGUGGCAAGGUUUGUCAAUCAAUGCCUGUGUUCUCCUGUCCAUUCCAUUGUGUACUUACAAUACAUAUAAAAUUUGUAAAUUAGUUUUUUUAAAGUAUGUAAAGUAUUUUUUAAAAAGGUCUACGCUGUUUGUUAAAUAUUUGAAAUUUGUAUUGUAAUUGUAUUGAUUUGAAAAUUUAAAAUUGGUCAAAAAAGUACUGGAUAAACAUUUUGAAGAUGCCGUUAUGUAGACAUAUACACAAAUACUCUUUAGUACCGCAUGUUAGCAAAUUAGUAUGCAUAAUAACUGCACUACGGCAUUCUACAAUUAAAUUUGUGUGCCUGAGCUUAAUAUAUAUAGUUUUGUUCUAAUCUAUAUUUCUAUAUUUCUCAUUAAAAUUUGUGUUUUAUACCAGUUAUUUUUUGGAAUACUGAUACUGAACAUUACUUUUAGUGAGGUUUUGUAAUCCUGUUCCGAGAAUGGUUUUCCUUCCUGGCGGAGGUAUAGAAAUGGGCUUCGCAGUCUUGACAGAGAUCAUCCAGUGAUAACUGACGUUUUUGCACGGUUUUCAGUGUUUGGACCAACUGUUCAGUGGCAUAGUACGGCCUGUUUAUCAUGCUGUCUUGACUUGUCAAAAGACUUUUACUGCAUCUGGUCAAUCAAAUGUGAAAAAAGGUCAUUUACCGCCAAAAUGUCCCACAAGUUUGCCAUUAUUUGUUCUCAAUGGAGUCCUGGGGUUCUACAGCCCGACUCACGUUAUCCGUUUUGAAGAACUUCUGGAAGACUUGCCCUAAAACUGAUGACGUCACGCACAAAAAGUUGUCAUUCUCGUUGAUUUAGUUCUUGGAACAGGAUAGUGCAAAAAACUGACAGGUAUUAUUACUAAGCAUGGGUACAAUGAUAAUACAUGUUGUUUAUCUCAAUAUUUCCAGAUGAAUGCAUUUUGACUCUCCAAAAAAUAUUCACGCAGUUAAUUUGCCGACUGUAAAAUGGCCAACAAAAAUAUAGAUAUUGAUUGUUGUUAAUUUUAUGGUCAGCUUUGUAUGGUCUGUUGCUGUGUUAAAGGCCUAUGCCAUUUGUUAAAAAUUUGAAAUUUGUAAUCGAAUUUGAAAUUUUUUUAUUACAUACAUACUAAAUAUUAAGUUCCAUGUUGCCAUCAUUGCGCAGACAAAUAUACAAAUGCUUUAGAUACCAAGUUUCAGCAAACUUGCAUGCACGAUAACUGCACUACAGCAUUGUGUAUAACUGCACUUCUAUUUUCCUGACCCAAGAUUAAAUACAAAUGCCAUAUUCCUUUAAGGAGGAGUGUCUCGAGAUAAUAGAGAGGUUAAGAUUUUCGAUCCGAGACAGAGGUGGUAUUUUGAAUUUGAAAACUAUCGAAGCCACUAAAGCCAUUUCUUUGGUAAGUAUUGGCAAUUUUUUCAGAUUCUCCAGCAAUGCAGACUCAUAUUUUUCAUGCUGUUCUCUGGUAAAAAGGGAAUCUGAAAAAUUGCAAAAACGAAUGAAGAAACAUUAUUCACAGCCAAAAAACGACCCAAAAAGAAUGAGAGAAUCAGUUACUAAGGUUAGCCUUUAACGUCAUAUACAUUAUACCAAAAUAAUCAUUACCGCAAACUGCCAACCACACAUUUUGUUGCUGUUAUAAAGUUGUAUGGAAAAUGUCAAAAUGUUACUGUACGAUUUUUUAUUGGAGAUAUAAUCUAAUACUGAAUGAUUGUGAAUAGUUCUGCUUUAUUUUUGUUAUAUUCAAUGUAGUUUUUCACAGAAUAAUGUUUUUCAACGAAAUGUACAGAAACAUUCUGGUGUAAAUAAAGUGCACAUCACAGUCUCUG